AUGGAUAAUAAUAAUUCAGAUAGUGAAGAUGAAGGUUCAAACAAAAUUUAUUAUUUUGAAAAUGAUACAUUAAAAUAUCAUUAUUUCAACAAAGAUUCAAUUGUGAUACCUGAUUUUACUGAUGAAUAUGAUACAACAUUUAACUCUAAUAAUCAAAUUAUUUAUUAUGAGAAUAAAUUAGUCUUUGAUGGUAGUUAUAAAUUUAACUACAAACUAUUAGAUAACAAUAUUUUAUUAUUUAAUUCAACUUAUAACUAUUACUAUUUUAAACCAUAUGUUAAAAUUAGUGACAACCUUGAUAAUAAUAAUAAUACACGUAAAAACAAUGAUAACAACAAUAAUAGUAGUAUUAGUGUGGAAAAUAAUAACAAUAAUAACAACAAUAAUAGUAAUAAUAACGAAAAUAAUAACAAUAGAAACAAUAAUAAUAAUAAUAACACUCCAGUUAAAUUAAAAACAAUUCAUAUCCUAAAUCGAGCACCAACAAAUAAUAUUUGCUUAAAUUUAGAUCAUAUAAUAAAUCCAAUCCCUCAAGACCAUUUUUAUUAUUUCAAUGCUGUUUAUUCACAAUAUUUUAAAUAUACAUCAAAAACCACAAUUCAGGAUCAACUCAAUCCUCAAAUUUCAUACCCGGAUCAUUUACCUUAUAUGAAAUAUAUUUCAUUUUCACAAAUAGAAUCAAUAACCGAAUCUUAUUUUAAAAUAUAUUUUCAGAAAAUUCCAGAGUCGUUGAUAAAAUCAACCAAUUUUAAUGGAAAUUCAAUGUAUUAUAUAGAUAUCCUGGAGUUGGUGACAAUCAUUCUCAACAGCAAGGAAGAAUAUAACACUUUGGGUCUCAAUGAAGAUACAUGUAACAACUUCUUAAUAAUCGACCUAUACAAUGAUGGAUUUAAAUUUGAAAAAACAAAAUCUGCCUUGGGUGUAUACAUAAGUUUGUAUACACCACAACUACAAUAUUCCAAAAAAAGUAGAUAUAGAUAUAGUGGAAAUGAUUAUAUCCAACAAACCAAUAGUGGCGUACAAUCAAACCAAGAUUUUUAUUCAAAUUGGGUCAACACUUUCCCAGUUACAUAUGUUUCAAUUAUAAGUAGUAGUGUUAAAACACCAGAAAGAGCCUUGACCUUAGUUCAGAAUUCUCAACAUGACCAAUAUGCUCUGUUCUGUGAGGAUGACUCUGAUCAAAUUGAUAGUGUUCCCAAGUGGACUGUUUUCUUAAACCGAAAGAUGAACAUUUUCCUUCAAUCUGCCACAGAUCCGAUGCAUCUGUUAUACCUAGGUAUUAUGAAAACAUUGGUAAAAAAUCUAUUAUCAUUGUUUAAUGUUGAACAAAAAGAUCAACUUCAUUGUAUCUUUCAAACACACCCAACAGUUGAGGGUAAGAAUUUGAAGAAGGCGAUCUCUAAAAAUAAAUCUUUAAAGGCUUAUGAACAAAAGAUAUUAGAUUUGUUCGAUAUAAUUAUAUCAUUUCAGACUAUCUGCAUGUAUAUCAACUCGAAGAUGUUGGAUAAUCAAAAUGAAAUAUUAGAGUUGGCCAAACUAAUCAAAGACCACCAGGAUAGUUACUAUCGAUGGUUUGUUUCAUACAAAGAACAUUUGAAAUCUAAUUCGAACAAUAAUACCAACAACAAUACCAACAACAAUACCAACAACAAUACCAAUACCAAUAACAAUACCAACAUCAAUAACAUAGGUGAUGAUUACAGUUGUGAUGAUAUUAGCGGUGAUGAUAGCAGUGGUCAUGAUAGCAGUGGUCAUGAUUACAGUUGUGAUAAUAACAGUGGUUAUGAUAACAAUGGAGAUGAAAAUAAUGGCGAUGAUAACAAUACCAUUAUCAGCGAAGAAGAAAAAGAGAAGAAACGUCUAGAAAAACUUUAUGGCAAUGUUUUCCCCAAUCAUCAUUUACUCUCUCAUUUAAUAGAGGAUAUACAACUCUUUGGUCAUCCUAACAAAUCAAGUAUAAUCAAUGUUAAUCCAAUGGAAGGCCUACACCAAGUUUUUACAAAUAAAGAAGAGGGCACUUCUAAUGGAGUUAGUAGAGAAAAAACUUUUUUGAGUUUUUCUGUGAAAAAGAAGAAUUUGGAAUUAAAUUCUAAAAGUCAUAGCGAUAAACACGAUGGUUGUAUAGUUGUUUUGGAAUAUAUAUCAAAUCAUAAAUUGUUUGAGAAGAAAGUUUCUGAAUUUCCAACAGACUUCAUUGCUUUGGUAAAUGGUGGUGUGAGAUCGAUUAAGAAUAUCCGGCAAGCUAAAACUAUUCACAUUGACAAUGUGGUUUUUAAGGGUGUGACUGUCUUUAAUGAACAUUUACAGUGUGAAGUGGAUAACAAUUCAGAAGACGGAAUAGACGUAAGCUACCACGACAACCCACACCGAGAAGCUAACAAUGGUCCAAUUGAAUAUGGUAAUAUUAAAAAGAUUUAUAUCUUUGAAUAUGAAAAUCAUCCCACAGAGAUAUUUUUAGAGGUAACAAAUGACACAAUAUAUUUAAAUAAUAAAUAUUUAAUUUAA